ACACCCAGCUCGCCUUAUUUUAUACCCUUUUGUUAAACCGUUACACCACAGUUUUCUCAGUUUUCUUACUGCGCUUAUUUUGCUUUCUCCGCACACACGCAGCUCAGUAAUUGGACUUGUUCGUGUGCACUUUUGCCACUGAUUUUUUCAGUGCCUUGAGAAAAAAAAAAAAAAAGGUCUUUUUUUACCAUUUUAGGCUCAUGGCAGAACUAGUGGAAUUCGACGGCAAACCGCUCAAGCCCAAGGCAGCCCGACUGCUUGGACUGCUGGACCCUGAAGAUGGCACUGGUUCUGGAUCCUGGACAUGGUCCAACAGCGAGGACACAGUGGCAACGCCAUUACCAGACAAACGGGAAGACAGCAUGCCAGCAGCCUCGUUUGAGGGCACGCUGACACCGGCCUCCCCAGUAUCCUUCACCGCCGACACCAUCGACCUGGACCACCAGCGAGAAUCCACUGGGACCACGCUGGGCUCAUCGGGCUGGAAACCAGAUUGGCCUGAGCCCGACGACGAAUACGUGGAUGCAAUGCUCAGACAGCGGCCACACCAGCCUAACGAGGGAUUUGCAAUGCGGCAUGGCCAAAGAGGCCGAUCCACGUUAGCUGACUCGGUCAUGGAAGACGACCCAUUGGCGGUCUGGGAGCAAAUGGCAGCACUGCCUCGGUCGUCGGCAGUGCCCAGGGGCGCGACCAACGUAUGGGCAAGGCGGCAUGGAUUCAUGCUGCCAUGGGACAUGCUGUUUGUGGUGCAGUGGGUAGCGUCGCUGGCACUGACAUUCGGGUUCUUCAGGCUGGUUUACCCGCUGAUCCGGGCCAGCGACACCGCGGGACCGCUUCGGCUGGCGGCGUGGGGGAUAAGCCUGCUAACGAUUAUCGCAAUUCCGACAGCAUUGGUGCUGAGCGUCAUUGCGUCGCUGGUAGACACUGAGGCGGCCGAGGUGCGGGCCAGCGGGAUGCCGCGCGACAUGUACUAUGUGCAGACAUGGGGGGUGCCGGCGAUCGACCCGAUGUCCAGCGUGUGCCGCGUGUGCCAGGUAUCGGCGUCUGUGACGACGCGGCACUGCAAGCGCUGCAACAAGUGCGUGGCUGGCACGACCACCACUGCCAGUGGCUGAACACCUGUGUGGGAGCAGCGAAUUACCGGUGGUUCUUCGCCACACUGGUAUCAGCCGUUGUGGCCC